CGCCCCCCGCCGCCGCCACCACGGUCAGCCAGCGGACCAGCGGCAGGAGCCGUUCCCCGACGGGCAGCGGGGCGCUCGGCCUCCGCGUCUGGGCUGAGCGCGGCGACGCUGCUGUCUCGAAAUCCUCGUGGAUCUUGAGUCGUAUGGAACCUCAAGGUCUUUGUGACAAUGGAAACCAAAAAAUUAAUUGGUAAACCGCUUCAACCAGCAAGACCUGUUCGUCAUCUGACUUCUCCCCCAGGAGCAGUGUUCCCUUUCAACUUUCAAAAUGAAUAUCCAUGCAACACUCAGUGCAUACAAAGUGGAGUUAGCAGAUGUAAGACGAAUGGAAUGCAAGCCUUUUCUCAAGGUCUUAAUGAACAACAGCAGCAUCAGUCUCCAGUUAAAAAAGAGAGAAUUAAAUACAGCAGAGAUUUCCUGUUGAAGCUCUCAAGUGUUUCCAUCUGCAGAAAAAAACCAGACUUUCUGCCUGAUCAUCCCAUUGUACUGCAAAAACCAGAAAACAACCAAAGUUUUAAGUAGCAUUUUAAGAACAGAUGAAUUUGAAGAGACAGAAUUAUUCAUUUUAUAGUUUGGACAUCUGCAAAUGAGGUGGAUCUAGCAACAAUAACUGUAAUGGACUGUGACAAUUCAAUUUAUUCUUAAUUUUGAUGGUUGACUAUUUGACUUCUCUAAAAAUGAGAAAGAGCUAUUUUAAACUAUAAAAAAUUUUCUAAUCAGCUUCAGCCUUGCAGGAGGUUUCCUGCAUAAAUUGGGAAGUUACACUGGAAAGUAGGAAUUUGGUUAGUGAAGUGGGAAGACUAUAUUUAUAAUUUGCGUACUACUUGGAAUUCUUUGUUUUUCAUCACUUGUAAUAAUGGAAUGGAAAUGUAAGCUGUAAAGACUCUCAUAUAAAAUAUUUGCUACAGUGUAUAUAUGGUACAUAAUUUCUUGUUGCUUUUAAAGUUGCUUUUGUUGUUCUGCUUCCCACUGAUUUCAUACCAGCUCAUGAAUGGAUCAUUACAGUCUCUCCAGAGGCUUAGAAUGAUUCAGAAUGUUCAAAGCAUAGUUCUUAAUGACAGGAGGGAGAA